AAAUGCCUUCCAUGUAUCUUGAUUGAUCAUCUCAACUCUCAAGUAGUCAAUCCACUUUGAUCACCAUCCACACAAUGGACAGCAGGAGAUGCAAAUGCCAGUGGUGCGGGAUGAAGAUAGCAGCUCCCAAUGGAGCACAAACAAUUACCUGUCCAAGGUGUCAAUCUGUUACACAACUCCAACCUGCAAGAAACUAUGGCUUUGCUAAUUUCCCCACUGCCAAUAACAAUAUGAGCCCGGGAUUUCCAGCUUUUCCAUCAAGGCCAGGAAGGAUGAGUCCAAAUGCUAAUAAUUUUCAGCCUCAACAAUUCAACCCUAUGUCACCACAGAUUAAUAAUAUCCGACCUCCUGCAGUACAUGGACGAAAACGAGCAGUUCUGUGCGGAAUUACUUACCGUGGCCAUCCAAAGAGUCUGAAGGGAAGCAUUAAUGAUGUUUUAUCCAUGAGAUAUUUUCUGGUUGAGAAGUUGGGGUUUCCAAAUGCAUCAGUGGUUGUCCUUACUGAGGAUGAGAAAGAUCCAUACAAAUACCCAACCAAGGCUAAUAUCAGAUCAGCCUUGCGUUGGCUUGUUCAUGGUUGUCGGUCAGGAGAUUCACUAGUGUUCCACUACUCUGGCCAUGGGGCACGAGUACGAGACCGUGAUGGUGAUGAGAUUGAUGGUCAUGAUGAAUCAUUAUGCCCUGUUGAUUAUGAAACAGAAGGAAGGAUACUAGAUGAUGAGAUCAAUAGUACCAUUGUAAGGCCUUUACCCCCUGGAGCCAUACUUCAUGGAAUAAUUGAUACAUGCUUCAGUGGAACUUUCCUAGAUUUGCCCUUUUUGUGCAGAAUAAACAGGGCAGGAUACUUUAAGUGGGAAGACCAUCGGAUUCGAGGAUACAAAGGUACCAGCGGCGGAACCGCUUUCUCUAUCAGUGCCUGUGACGAUCAUCAAAGUUCUGGAGAUACAACGGCAUUCACAGGCGUUCCUAUGGGUGCCCUGACUUAUAGUUUCAUCCAAACGUUGGAGCAAGAGACUAAAUUGACUUAUGGACGGCUAAUUAUGAGUAUGCAAAAUAAGAUUCAAGAAGCACAGAAAGGACUAGGCCUUAAUGGUGCAAACGAAACUCAGGAGCCUCAACUAUCCUCAUCUGAGCCGUUUGAUAUACACUCGAAGCUGGUGGCUAUAUAGGAACUUAAGUAUUCAACUCUAGCUUGAGUAUGACUUCCCUCACCAUCACGUGU